CAUACAUGAAACGGACCGCUUGAUAGAGACCCCCGAGUCAUAUGUAUUAUCGAGACAUUGAACGGCUUCUGCUUAUCGCUCUGUCACGUGAUCGUGUUUGGACGCAAGAUCAAUCGUGCUUUCGUAACAUUUCCACGAGAAGGCAAUCUUCGCGGGGCCCGCGCUUCGCCGCCAACCGGGCGCCCGUGCUUCUUACGCACCAUCAUCCAAUGUGAUUCCGAAUUCGCUCAGCUAUUGGAGGUUGCUAUGGGCUAGAAGAGUAUAGCCACCUUCGUCCAUCGGAUAUAAGCAAGGGAUUGCCAUAUGACGCAAGUCUUUCACCCCUCUCGAGCGCUUUCCUACAAAACGGAUUCUCCUCCGCUCAUUCUGCGGGCGCACACAUGUCGGCCCCCGAUGCGGAUGGUCCCAGACCGGAUAUGGGCCCCUUCCUGUUCUCGUAUGGCACACAGCUCGCCGGCACGUGGGUGAACAUGAUGCUCUUCGCGUGCGAGCUCGUGCUGGCGACGCGCUACCUCCUGCGGCCGCACCGCCCGCGCGUGCACCGGCUCGGCAUCGCGGUGAUGCUCCUGGCCGACACGAUCUGCACGCUCGCAGUCGAUUCGAUCGUGUUGACGACGGUGCUGUCGAUUUUUGGCAAGCUUACGUUCAGAUCGGACACGAUACCGACCACGAUUAGCAUCCUCGCGACGUACAUCACGGCGGCUAUCGAGCAGUCGUUUCUGUGCCAGUUAUACUACAUUUUGUCACGAAAGAAACUUGCCACCCUCCUCAUCGUGUCUUGCAGCGCCUUGCACCUCGCAAUCUCAUUCGCAGGUGGAAUCAUGCUUCAGAUCUCCGGUGUUGGGGCAUUCCCGUCAAUCUUCCAAGUGACUGCCGUCGGUGCGAUCACUUGCAGCGCAACGGACGUCCUCAUUGCCGGGCUGGUGGGAUAUGAGCUGAACAAGAUCAGGCUAAUGACGAGCAAAGGUCCCGGGCACAGCGCGCGUCUUCUAGGCAUCGUACGCAGGGUUCUCUUCCUGAGUCUGAUAUCGGGGGCGAUCGUUGCUUCCACGACGCUCUUGAUGAUGAUCCUUUUCAUCAGGAGGAACGUCGUGUUCGACAUGCUCUUCUUUUGCCAAGGCCGGGUCUACGCGCUGACCCUGCUCAUCAACUUCCUCUCGGGACCACAAUCGGCCUCGGCGGGGAUCACGGCGCAGCCGGACUCUGCCGCGCCCCACUCAGUCGGGGCCACCACGCCCCAGUUUGCGCCCUACUGUUAUGAGGAGGAGGAGGAUGACGACGAUGUGGCGAACUCCAAAGCCAUGCAGCCGAUCCAGAUGGACCCCAGAGGGCAAUCCUCGUCCGCGGCAGCGCACUCGAUCCCCAUCCCUCUCUGGGAGCUGACGCAUGAAUCGACAUCGUCAACACGCUCGCAGGAGACACCCGCAGGAAACGCGUCAGAAGCGGACUCUUCCGGGGCACCAGACACCUCCAAGCCGGUAUUAGCGUCCCAAUCGUAGUACUUUGUUUUUCACUCGGAUCCUUCGUAGUUACAUGUAGUGCGCCAUGGCAUGGUCCAACAAUGACACGUGUCUAACCAUAUCACGUGUUCGUGUUCUUUUUUUUUUUUUUUUUGGUGGUACU